AUGGGUUCUUUCUCAGAAUGGCAUGACAAUUUUAGCCAAUUAGUAAAUGAUAAUAUCAGAUUAAAUGAAUUAGAAAAGGAAGUGAUCAAUGUUCAUUAUUAUACAUCAAAAAGAAACAUUUUUAAAAAAGUAGACUUUUAUUUUGAAAAAAAAAUAUUCAAUAUACUUAAUAACAUAGAAAAAGUGAAGAAUGACAAAUUAAAAAGUUCUAACGUAUUUAAUAAAAUUUUGGGUAAGAAAAUGUUUUUAUUGUUUAUUCUUCCAGUUGUAAUUUUAUUAUCUGGAUUUUCUUUUUUACAAUACGGUAUGAAUUCAACGGAAGUUUUGUAUUGUAUUCCCUUUGUUGUAGCAUCCAUUCUUAUAUUGUUUUAUAUAUUUUCUAAAAUCCUAAAAUAUUAUAUUUAUGUAGAAAAUAAUGGUAAAUGUAGUUUUCUUGAUUAUUUUAGAAUAUUCUCCAAAAAGUUCAAUUAA